CUUCCUUUGCUGUUUGGAGUUUUCUUUUCACUGUUUAUCUAAAGCAGACUCUGUAUAUUAUCUCUAUUACCAGAUAAUUUUUUCUCAGUAUGUCUGUUAAUACUACACAACGCUUGCAAGCUCUCCGCGAGCUUAUGGCAUCCGAGAAAUACGCUGUCGAUGCUUUCCUCAUUCCAUCCGAAGACGCUCACCAGAGUGAAUACAUUGCCGAUUGCGAUAAACGUCGUCACUGGAUUUCCGGCUUCACCGGUUCAGCAGGUUUCGCCAUCGUCACCGCCAAUGAGGCCGCUCUUUUCACGGAUGGCCGUUAUUUCCUUCAAGCUUCUGAACAACUUGAUGGCAAUUGGACCCUCAUGAAACAAGGUCUUCCUGGUGUUCCUACCUGGCAAGAAUAUCUGGUCAAGAAUCUCGCGGCUGGUUCGCGUAUUGGUUUGGACCCUACUCUUAUUACAGCAGCUGAUGCCGACCAAUUGACGGAACAAUUGAAAACCAAUGGCUCCUCAUUGGUGCUUCUUUCAGACAAUCUGGUGGAUAUUGUCUGGCAUAAAGAGAGACCCUGUAGCCCAAAGAACGUGGUCAACGUUCACUCACUUCAUUUUGCUGGCAAACCGUUCCAAGACAAGUUGGCCGAUCUUCGCAAACACAUUAGCAGCAAGGAUGCGUAUGGCGUGAUCCUCUCGGCCCUGGACGAAAUUGCUUGGCUUUUCAACCUUCGCGGUUCCGAUGUAGAGUGUAACCCUGUUUUCUUUGCUUACGCUUUGGUCACCGAAGACGCAGCUACUCUCUUCAUUGAUCCUGUCAAGCUGUCACAAGAAGUCAAAGAUCAUUUGGGGGCCGAUGUCACUGUGAGACCUUACACUGAUGUGUUCAGCGAUCUUCAAGCUCUUCGUGAAAAGCUUUCCAAGAAAAUCAUCAUUGAUAACAAGACAAGUUUGGCCAUUGAAACCGCCAUCGGCAAGGAUCUGGUAUUGCAAGACCGUUCGUUUGUGACCGACGCUAAAGCUGUCAAGAACGAAGCCGAACUCAAAGGCAUGCGUGACUGUCAUCUCCGUGACGGUGCUGCCUUGGUCAGCUAUUUCGCAUGGUUGGAAGAUCAACUGCUAAAGGGAGCUACGCUUGACGAAGUGGAUGGUGCGGACCGUCUUGAACAAUUCCGUGCCGCUCAGAAAGACUUUGUUGGACUUUCUUUCGACACCAUUUCGUCCACUGGCGCCAACGGGGCCAUUAUCCAUUACAAGCCCGAGAAGGGUUCAUGCAAAGUCAUUGAUCCCAAGUUGAUCUAUCUCUGUGACUCGGGAGGUCAAUACAAAGACGGUACAACGGAUGUGACCCGAACCCUCCACUUUGGCGAACCCACUGAAUAUGAAAAGCGAUGCUUCACCCGUGUGUUACAAGGUCACAUUGCCAUUGAUGUUGCCGUUUUCCCCAAGGGCACGACAGGUUAUCUGUUGGAUCCUUUUGCUCGUCAUGCUUUGUGGAAGGAUGGUCUCGAUUUCCGUCACGGUACAGGUCACGGUGUUGGAUCUUACCUCAACGUGCACGAGGGCCCUCACGGUAUCGGUGUGCGACAGGCGUACAAUGACACCCCCUUGGCGGCGGGCAUGGUUGUCACUAACGAGCCUGGCUAUUACGAAGAUGGUCAUUUCGGUAUCCGUAUCGAGAGUGUCCUGAUUGUCAAGGAAGCAAGCACCCCUCACAACUUUGGUGGACGUGGUUACCUUGGCUUUGAACAUGUCACUAUGGCUCCCUUGGGACGUAAAUUGAUCGAUGUCAACUUGCUGUCUCCCGAAGAGCGCAAAUGGGUCAAUGACUACCAUGAUGAAUGCUGGGCGAAUCUUUCCCCUCUCCUCAAGGAUGAUGCAUUAGCCACCGCAUGGUUGAAGAAGGAGACACUAGCGAUUUAAUAUCAUAAUGGAUAGUCUGCGUGAAAAAUUCCGUGAGCCAAAUGAGUCAAUCGUAAAUAAAAAUCAAAAUGUACAAUCUUCGAAUUCUCGUUUCCUCCUCUAACAUGCCGGUGCUAUUAAAUGUCGCCGACU